GGAGAAAUUGGACAAAGCACAUGUGUAACACAUACAGUGCAUACAUGUGAAUUUCAAAAUACAAACUUGAUCAGGCUUGCGGUUGUCAACAGAAUUGCGUGAACUUUUUUAUUUUUACAAUUAAAAUCUCUUAAAUAUUUGCAAAAUGUCAGACGGUGAAGAUGAUUUUAUGUGUGAGGAAGAAGAAGAUUAUGGUCUUGAAUACUCUGAGGAUUCAAAUUCAGAACCUGAUGUUGAUUUAGAAAAUCAAUAUUAUAAUAGUAAAGCUUUAAAAGAGGAUGAUCCAAAGGCAGCUCUACAAAGUUUUCAAAAAGUUUUGGAUUUGGAGGGAGGAGAAAAGGGUGAAUGGGGCUUCAAGGCAUUGAAGCAAAUGAUAAAAAUUAAUUUUAAAUUGGGUAAUUAUAAGGAAAUGAUGGCAAGAUAUAAGCAAUUAUUAACAUAUAUUAAAAGUGCAGUUACCAGAAACCAUUCAGAAAAAUCAAUAAAUUCCAUAUUAGAUUAUAUUAGUACCUCAAAGAAUAUGGAAUUGUUACAAGAUUUUUAUGAAACUACUUUAGAUGCGUUGAAGGAUGCCAAAAAUGAUAGGUUAUGGUUUAAAACUAAUACGAAAUUGGGAAAGUUAUACUUUGACCGAUCAGAUUUUAAUAAAUUAGCAAAGAUACUAAAACAACUCCAUCAAAGUUGUCAGACUGAUGAUGGAGAGGAUGAUUUGAAAAAAGGGACACAACUUUUGGAAAUUUAUGCAUUAGAAAUACAAAUGUACACUGCACAAAAAAAUAACAAGAAAUUAAAAACUUUAUAUGAACAGAGUUUACAUAUUAAAAGUGCUAUACCACAUCCAUUAAUAAUGGGAGUCAUUAGAGAAUGUGGAGGAAAAAUGCAUUUGAGAGAAGGUGAAUUUGAAAGAGCACACACUGAUUUCUUUGAAGCUUUUAAAAAUUAUGAUGAGUCUGGAUCACCAAGGCGUACUACAUGUCUGAAAUAUUUAGUUCUAGCAAAUAUGCUUAUGAAAUCUGGUAUCAAUCCAUUUGACUCUCAGGAAGCAAAACCAUAUAAAAAUGAUCCAGAAAUCUUGGCAAUGACAAAUUUAGUAGUCAGUUAUCAAAAUAAUGACAUUAAUCAAUUUGAAUUAAUUUUAAAACAAAACAGAAAUAACAUAAUGGAUGAUCCUUUUAUAAGAGAACACAUCGAAGAUUUAUUACGUAAUAUACGCACACAGGUUUUAAUCAAAUUAAUUAAGCCAUACACUAGAAUUUAUAUCCCUUUUAUAAGCAAAGAGUUAAAUAUCGAUGUAUCAGAAGUCGAAAGUCUUUUAGUGUCUUGUAUUUUGGAUAGUACUAUUCGUGGUCGUAUUGAUCAGGUGAACCAAGUGCUUGAAUUGGAUAAAAAAUCAGUAUGUGCAGCACGUUAUAAUGCUCUUGAUAAAUGGACGGGUCAAUUGCAUUCUUUGCAUUUAACUAUAGUAAAUAAGAUGUCGUAAAGAGUAUGAUGCGCGUGAAUUCAAAAUAACAUCGACCUGAAAAUAAUACAUUGUAUAGUAUAUCAUAAAUGCCUGUCUCCGAUUAUAUGAAAAAUAAAAUCUGUUGUGAUAUAAUAAAGUUAGGAUUUUAAUACGA